AUGAAGGCCUCAACCAUCGCCGUCCCCGUCCUCGCCAGCCUGGCCAGCGCCUCGCCCGUCGAGCCGCGCCAAAGCUGCGCCGACAUCCACAUCUUCGGCGCGCGUGAGACGACCGCCCCCGCGGGCUACGGCACCUCGGAAGGCCUCGUCAACAUGGUCAAACAGGCGUACCCUGGCGCGACCAGCGAGGCCAUCGACUACCCGGCCUGCGGCGGCCAAUCGCAGUGCGGCGGUAUCAGCUAUGACCAGUCGGCUAGCCAGGGCACGACGGCUGUGGUGUCGGCGGUUACGGCGCUGAACCAGCAGUGCCCGGAUACUAAGAUUGUGUUGAUUGGUUACUCGCAGGGUGGCCAGAUCGUUGACAACGCCCUCUGCGGCGGCUCUGGCUCGACCCUCACCGGCGCGGCUCUCGAUGCCGUCAAGGCCGCUGUUUUCAUGGGUGACCCGCACAACAACGUCGGUCUCCCCUACAACGUUGGCACAUGCCAAGCGGGUGGUUUCGCCGCCCGCCCCAGCGGCUUCCAGUGCUCGCCGGCGUCGACUUCCAUCAUCAAGUCCUACUGCGAUUCCCAGGACCCCUACUGCUGCAACGGCAACGACGCCAACCACCACCAGCAGUACGUCAGCAUCUACGGCUCCCAGGCCCUCGCCUUCAUCAAGGGUCUCCUCGACGCUGCGUAA